UAAGAAUGAAACAUGUAAGCUUACUUAAAUGCUGUUAGCUCUGCUGUAAUAUUCCAGUUUGGUUUAGAAGAUCUUGGUAAUGGUGGAUCUGGUCCUUCUAUUUCCUCUUUUCUUUCCAAGGCAAGGUAGUAAUGCUUCAUCCACCGUGGUGGCAUUACAGCAGAUGGAUUGACGGGUUUAAUGGCUGGAUUUCCAGGCACAGAGCAACAAACUUGUUUUACGUGAAAAUAUCUUUGACAACAGUUCAUUAAAGCCUCAAUAGCCGCUGAACACCUACCCUCCUGAGAGUCUACCCGUCACCCUACAAUGCUAAGCCUGUAGACGAAAUAAACAUGAGUCACCGCAAAAGCCAACAGAAAAGAAUGAGGGUGAAGAUAAUUAGCAUGGGAAAUGCUGAAGUGGGGAAGAGUUGCAUUAUAAAGCGAUAUUGUGAAAGAAGAUUUGUAAGCAAGUACCUUCCAACAAUUGGCAUUGACUACGGUGUUACAAAGGUUUCAGUGAAAGACAAGGAAGUUAAAGUUAACAUCUUCGAUAUGGCAGGCCAUCCUUAUUUUUAUGAAGUUAGAAAUGAAUUUUACAGAGAUGCUCAAGCUGCCUUAUUGGUGUUUGAUGUUUGUGAUCGAAACAGUUAUGAAACGUUAGAGUCAUGGUUGCUUGAAAUGAAACAAGAAAUGGGAAGAAACAACAAAAUGGACAACAUUGUUUUUUUUGUUUGUGCCAACAAGAUUGACAAGGGUAAGCGUAUGGUAGAAACACUAGAAGCUCAACUUUGGGCAGAAGAAAAAGGUUUUAAAUAUUUUGAAACUUCAGCAGCAACCGGGGAUGGGAUUACCGAAUUGUUCCAGGCUCUGUUUUCCACAUUGGUUGAAGUAUCGGAAAAUGGUGGACGGCCAAUUAAAGUAAACACCAACCUUGGAUUUACAAAGGAGCAAGCUGAUGCAAUAUUAAGAAUCAAGAGCGGAAGAGAUAAUUAUGAGAAGUUGGGUUUGCACCACAGUGCAACAAGGGAUGACAUAAACAAGGCAUACAGGAAGUUGGCGGUGAUUCUGCAUCCAGAUAAAAAUGUGGCCCCAGGGAGUGAGGAUGCAUUCAAGACUCUUGUAAAUGCAAGGACAGCUUUGUUAAGAAACAAAUGAUUUGUAUACAUUUUAGAUUUUAACAUAUUUUUUUACUAUGGUUGUAUUGUACAUUGGUUAGUUCAUAACCAAAAUAUGGGUGCUUAAAUCGUAACUGUGAGGCAUAUUUACAAACUAAACUUUUUUUAAGUAUCAUUUACCUUGUGUUUUUUUUAUAGCUGUAAAGUAUAAUAAAGUAUUAAACUACUCUUUCCAUAUCACAGAAGCAUGUUAUCAGUUCCAUCAGAUAACUGGUUUCCAUCUCCAUGUAUACUGCUUACAUGUGGCAACCAAACCAUACAUCAUCCAAUACGAUUUUUUGGUAAUCAUUUUUUUCGGUUACAAAAAGAUAUUUAGCAAAUAAGAAGUAUAAAACACACCAUUUUUGUAAAUCACUGACCACUUUCAGAUUUUUUAAACUGCAUGUAAAAUUUAUUUUUAUUAAUUGUUGUGGCUGUGGGGUUACUUUUGGAUUCUGUUGUAACUUGGUCAGUUUCAAGUUUUUGAGGUUUGUUAAUGUUUUGUCGAAUUGGAGACCGACUUCUACUUCUUGCAUGUGCACUACUACUGGAAGUUUCUUCCUGCUGUAAACAGAAUAUAUGGUAACUCUGUGUUAAGAAAAAUUUUGUAUAACAGUGUUUUUACAAGGUUAUUAAUAAUACUUUACUUUUUAAACUUUCUGCACUAAAAUAAAGUAAUGAAACUAUUACUAUAAAUUCUGUGUCCGACAAUUAGUUUGUGUACAAGCUUCAAUUGAGAGAUAUUGCGUGCAUUAAAUACCGCAUGUGCCCUCCCCACUUUA